GUGCAUAAGAAGGUGCCACUUACCGUCGCUGAGGUGGUCUUUCUUGAGACCUUGGCCGCAUCAAGCGCGUGUGUGGAUGCCAUCAUCGCAGGUUUUGUGUGUUUCGCUCUUCACUGUCGCUUGAGAUGGUCUGACGCAAUGCACUCAGAGGAGGAGCCAGUCCUGGAUGCGCCUGAGGGAAGGGGGUUUGUUGAGACGAGCCUUUACAGCUAUAAAACCGUAGCUGCAAUGAAGUUUCGGUUGUUGCCGGUUGUAGCCGUGCUACCGGGAAUGUCCAAGCUUGAUUGGGCGGGCAACUGGUUGCGCAACCGGAGAGACCAUAAUCUGGUGGCGAGCAGGAAUUGCCCGCUGCAGCCUGCGCCCGUGUCCACAGGGGGGUGGUCGGCAUUGCCGUUCGAGCCCAUGCAUGGGGCUAUGUGGUUGCGUGAGAAGCUGGCAGGUAUGCACGUUCCGGUGAGCCGACUUAGCGAUAUUGCAACUCACUCCCUGAAGGCAACGGUGUUGUCGUGGCUGUCGCGUGCUGCGUGCCCGCAAGACUUGCAGCGCAGGGCAGGGUAUCACAUGUCAACCUUUGAGAAGAGUGCGUUGGAGUAUGAGCGGGAUGGACAAUCAGCUGUGCUGCAUUUCAUUGAGGGCGUGUACGAGUGCAUCAUUCAUGCCAUGUUUUCCCCUGACGCAAGUCGAUCUGGUCGUUGGUCGGGAUGCAGGUCGGUUGAAGAGGGCAUGAAAAUUUUGGCAGGCGCCGUUGAUGAGGUGUUCCCACGAGCGACUGAGGGUGAUGGGGAUGCCAGUGAUUUGGAAGAUGAGUCGGAGCCCGAUGCACAAGGUGCAGAAGCUGAUUCCGAGGAUGAGCAGAUGAUGGCGGAAGUAGCUGUGCAUCAGGUCGCAAAGGCCGCGCCUAUGGCCAUGCCGGAGUGCAUAGCCUUUAGGCACUGGAUGAGUGGAGUUGUGCACUUGAGCCCUGUUGUGACUUCAGAUGACGAUGGGGAGGCAUGCGUGUUCAAGUGUGGGAGGAGGCAUGCCCUGUUUGUGCAGCUUGGGAAGGCCCGAGUGCUCGUGAGGCAAAGGUGCACGCGCAUCGGCAUCCCGGGAGCCGUUGUGAAGAAGCUUGCUACCCAUGGGUGGAACACUUAUGCUACCUUUGGCUUCUGCAUCCAGAAUCAUGCUGAUGACAAGUCGUUCGAGUCACAGGUCAUAGGACCCGUGUUGGGUACCGACCCAGCUAUGGUCACCCACGCUGCGAAGUUGCGUAGGUUGUUCAUGGAGUCCUACACUGUGUCUGCGGGAGAAAUUAAGAGACAGGCUGAGGCGUCGGAACAGGAUGCACCGCGGAAGUUGCCACCGCAAGAGAUGGCAGCCCGAAUCGAGUUGUUGGCAGCGAAGAUUGCUCCCUUGAAGAUUCAGGAUCGCCUUGAGCCAUCCCAGAACUUGGUUAGUUUGGCAUGCCAGAUGUUGGAUGAGGGUCGUGUCAAGUACAUCUCUUGGGCGCAGUGCACCACAAGGUCGCAGGAGAUCAACGCUGUCAAGGAGAUCAAUAGCCUUAAGAUUUGGCAGCCAGCCAAGGAUGGUGUCAUCAAGGAGACGCGUGUGGAGCCAGGCAUGACAGCGGCAGUGGCUACGGAGCUUGAGGUUCACCAGGCGCUGCGUCGCAGAGGCAUUGCUUAUGCUGUGGCACAGGUGAUGUCCUUCGCCCGUCAUGAAGAACUGAUAGCCCUCUUGUUUGAUGAGUUGCAACGCGAGGCAAAGACUGGUUUCCACCCCGUGUCGCUGGCUCAGCUUGCGCAAGCGGACAGAGAGAUUCACGUUCGGCUGGGCGAGGCAACCAGGGCAGGUCUGGUGAACGGACCUGGUGGUGAGCUCCCGCUUGAUGUUCCGUUGACCCGUGUCUUGCAGAGCCCGGCGGUCAUGUGGUUGCUCAUGCCUCGACUCAAGCAAGGGUCAGCGCCAGCAACCGAAGAUCCGGAGGCGGCUGAAACGCCCAAGAAGAAGAAGACUCGAAAAAACAAGAAGAAAGACCCGAAAAAGGAGGCGGAUGUUGAGACACCGCCUGCCAAGAAGCGUCGGGUUCCCAUGCCAAAGGCGCUGAUUGGAGGCACACCCGAGGAUCCUGAGGGAAACUCGCUGUGUUUCGGGUUCUCGUUGAAGACCUGUAAGGUGCAUGGGCCGAAGUGCGACAAAGGUGAUCCGUGGGCGUCCGUGCAUCGUCAGGUCAAGGGGCCUAAGUUUGUGCAGCGUGUGCUUGCGGCUAAGAGUCCGGUUUUGUUGCGCCAUGAAGCGGUUCAUAAGCCGUGCAGCCUUCAUGGUGUGGGACACUCGCCUACUGAUUGUGAUGCAGCUCAGCAUCCUGCUGAGAGACUUGCGGCCACGAUCAGCAAUCCUGACAACAAUGAUAUCCUCAGGCUGUUGAAGCUGUUACCGUCAGAGAAGCCAGCCCGAGGUGUUGCGCAGCCGAAUUCACAUUCUUUCAGCACAGGUGCUUUUUCUAAAGAUGGACGGGUCGGGGUGCGUAAUUUUCUUAAGGAGUUUCCUGUCACAUCGCGUCUCUUGACGGCUUUCGUGCGCAGACAUGCCCCGGGGCAUUGCUUUGGGGCCGUAGCGCUCUUUACCAAUCUUGAGGCAGAUUUUCACAAAGAUGUCAACAAUGAUGCAUCAUGUCACAAUUGGAUAUGCCCCCUCUCGCAUUGGGAGGCUGGCGGCGAUGUCUGGGUCGAGGACGAACAAGGCUCUUCCUGGCAAAAUGCCCGUGGUGUGUGGCGACGAGGCCGCCUUUUGCCCGUACGACAGAGACCUGUUCUCUUGCCGUCGCGUGACUUGCACAAGGUUUUGUCAUGGAAGGGGAACCGGGUCGUGCUGGUGGCGUUCAUGCCUCGCGGUUUGUCUGGACUUGAGCCGGAGCAUCAGCGCCUCAUGUCCAGUGCAGGUUUCGUGCUGCCAGGGACUCGGCAUACGUUGCCUCCUUUCGUGCGUGCGGGCGGGGCCCUGAAAGAUGCCUUAGUGUCUCCGGGCGCUAGGUCACCUACUGCCGCUCAAGAUGCAAAACCUCCCUAUGUGCUGGAGAUCUUUUGUGGCACUGCCGGCGUUGCUGCCGCUAUGCAGGCACGGGGCUGUGAUGUCCUUGGGAUUGACAAAGACUUGCGUCCGGUGCGCCUGGACUUGUGUGAUGCGGAACAGCGUCGGCUGGUGUGGCAGGAGAUCGAACGGGCCGAUGCCGUCUGGCUGGCUCCUCCGUGUGGCACAUCGUCCCGGGCAAGAGGCAUACGUUUGCCUUCAGGGGGACCGCAACCCAAGGCCUUGAGGUCGGAGGAGUUCCCACAGGGCUUUCCAAGCUUGCGUGGCGUCAACAAAGCACGGGUGACGGCGGCGAAUACUUUGUACGCGUUUUGCGCUGAGGUCUUUGAGCAUUGCCGUCAAAACCACAAGGUAGCCGUCAUAGAGAAUCCCGAACGUUCCUUCAUGUGGCUCACUGUGUGGAUGCAGCGUGUGUUGUCCUUGGGGCGAUGGCAUGUACUACAUGCGUGCAUGUAUGGUUCCCGGCGUUUGAAACGCACAGCUUUGCUGGCCACGCAUGAUUUGCCGUCCAUGCGCAGCCAGUGUGAUGGCACCCAUGCACACAUAGCAUGGGGGCGCUGCAAGCAAGGCGCCGGGUGGGCGUUCGCUACGGCAGCCGAGGUGAGCUAUCCGCGGCCCAUGUGCAGUGCCGCGGCCAAUGACUUGUGUGCUAUCCUGCGGGCAAAGGGUUCCUUGCUUGAUGGUUCUUAUGCUUCGCGCACUGCUUUGGCCCAUGUUGCGUCGCAGCGUCAGCCACGACGCGAUGGCCCGCAAGUGGGACCCGCGGAGUUCCUAUCCACCGUGACUGUACAGGUGCCUGCUGAGGACGAGGUGCCGGACUGCAUACCGGCUAGGGGGUGCUUGGUGCCGGGUCUUGGGGGUGUUCCUGCUGGCUCCAAACUACUUGCCUCACGUCGCUGCGAAGAAGGGGGGAAGGUGGUUCGUGAGGUUGUGUUUGGCAUAUACAGGACGCCAGAUGCAUUUGUCAAUGAAGCUUUGAAGUGCACACAUCCGUUUGACAGGCCGGGAGCUUUAGACAUGGACAAUGUGCAAGCUAUGGCCAAUAUCUUUCAGCAUGGGAUAGAGGGCACGAAGGCUUUUCGCGAGAGGAUGUUGGAUCACUACAGAAACAGAGCAAGGGAGCUGCAGCCCAUGGAGGAUGCGGCCAAGGGCCAAAUGCACCCCGAUGUGAAAGCAAUUAUGGGAUCCAAGCGCUUGUUGCUGUUGCAGGAGCUCAUGAGCGAUGCAGGCGUCCAGGACCGUGAGCUAGUAGCAGACAUGGCCAGUGGUUUCCGACUGACGGGUGAACUGAGACCCUCGGGCUUGUUCCCUCGGCAACUGAAGCCGGCUGCAUUGACGCAGGAUGAUCUGAAAGCAACGUCCAGAUGGUCCAAGCAUCUUGUGGAAGCCUCUUGCCGGAGGGCAGCUCGCGACAAGGAGGUGGCGUCCAAGAUUUGGGACGAGACUCUCGAGCAGAAGGAGAAGCAGUGGGUCAGGGAUUCAGUAGAAAGCAAGCGCAUCUACGAGAGUUCCCUCAGCGGAGACUGGCCACCCGUGCCUGUCUUUCAGGCGCCUGCCUUUCAGGCGCUCAGCAUCAGGACAACGACCGGCGGAGACAGGCAGAGGCCUUCUUCAGUGCUCUUUACCGGUGUGGUUAGGUCACGAGGCAUGUUCCCACCAGUGCCGUCUCUUGUGCCUGUGAUCACUCCAGUGACGCCAACCGUUGCUGCAGUCACGAAGAUUGCGAUUUCCCGGGUCCGUUUGGACGAUUCUUGGGGUGCUCACCUUGAGAGGAGGCUUAGUGCUGCCAUACAAAAGUGGGUUGCUUUAGUGGUUGAGGAUCCUUUGUCUUUUGACGUCGGUAGGCGGUGUGCUGCUUUCGUGGGAAAUGAUGAGGCGAUUUCUCAGGGCCUUCUGCACACUUUUUCCGGCAAAUCGGCAGGUACCUUGCGCAGCCGUGCUGGGCCUCUCAUCAGGUUUGUUGCCUGGGCCAAGGCUCGCCAGCGCAAGCCCUUACCCUUCAGCGAGGCGCUUUUGUAUGAUUUUCUGCUUGAAUCCGAGAGCACUUGUGCGCCGUCAUUCGGAAAGGCGUUGAUGUCUGCACUUGCAUUUUGCAAAUUUGUGCUGGGCGUUGAGAAUGUUUCUGAUGUUCUGAGCAGUGGUCGGUUUGGGGGCUUGGCUCGUUCGAUGUUCUUGAACAAAAGGAAGCGACGGCAGAAGCCACCCCUCACCGUUGACAUGGUGAAGGCCCUUGAAAGAUUGGUGAUCUCCGAACGUGAAGGAGAUAUCGACAGGUUGUGUGCGGGGUUCUUCCUCGUUUGUGUUUUCCUUCGAGCAAGGUAUAGCGAUGCCCAAGGUCUGAAGAAUCUUGCAAUCGAUGAGCCUGAAGGUUUUGCUGGCCGCUUGACAGGAUAUUUUCAAGGGGAAGCUUCAAGGACAAAGACGAGUUUCUCGCUGGAAAGGAAGACGGCUCUGCUCCCGAUGGUAGGGCCACUUUUCGGCCUGACUGCAGUUCCUUGGUUUAAGACUUGGUUAGGUCUCCGCGAGGACAUGGGCAUCCCUGAAGGCGAGGACUUUCCUUUGCUGCCGAGUCGUGGGCUGGAAGGGGGUUGGGCUCCGGUCCCCCCUUCAGCUACGGUGGCCGCUGCAUGGCUCCGGGGGAUUCUUAUUUCUCGUGGCUUCCCUGAGGCACGCAAGCUCGGGACUCACAGCUGCAAAUGCACGUGUCUCUCUUGGCUGUCGAAGCACGGAGUUGAUCCUCUGCAUCGGCGUGUUUUGGGGUAUCACAAGGCCCCGCAGGAUGAGAUGAUGCACGUUUAUGGGCGUGACAAUGUUUCUCCAGCCCUGAGGUCGCUGGAGGCUGUCAUCCAGGACAUCAGACAAGGCCUGUUUUUGCCGGAUGUCACGCGGUCGGGUUACUUCCCGACCCAGCCGCAGAGGGAGCCUGGGCCUGAGUUCGUUGAGGAGCCAUCGGAAUCCGAAGUUUCGCUCGAUGAAGAGGACAAUGUGCAAGACUUGAGAGCAGAGGAAGCGGCCGCUGAUCAGGUUGUGCCGCCUUGGGCUGAACUUGUGGUUCAGGAUCCUGAUGCUCUGGUUUAUGUUCGCCAUAUAACUUCAAGGAAGUUGCACCGCCUCGCUGACGAGAGUGGGAAUCGGCUGAAGUGCGGAAAGGCGUGCACGCGAAAGUUCGAGAGGGGCAGCCGGAUCACUCGGCGCAUGGGUCGUGUCUUUGUGACGCAGCCGGAUAGACUCGGCUAUGCACUCACCGGACCAUUCGCCAUGGCCAUCACCGAGAGCAAGGCAAACUUUUCUUCCAGGGCGACGGCCUUGGGGUUGGCCGCUGACGUUUUGAAGAAGUUCACUGAUGCCGGCAUUGAUUGCAUGAGCAAAUUUGCCUUCAUUAGUGCGUUCGUGCCCGGCAACACUGACGAGUCCCCUUUUACCGAUGCAGUUGCUGGUGUGUUGGGGCGCGCUGCUAAUGUGGCAGAGUUGAGCGUGCUGCGCAGGCUUCUUCAUGAGAGCUACAACCUCACUGUCUCAGAGCUUCAGGUGCAGGUUGAACGAACGGAAGAUUCUGCUCCGAGGCGGUUGGCGGCUCCCGAUCGAGCCGAUAGGCUUCAGCGGCAACAAGUCAGGCUUACUGGCUUGAACAUCCAUGGCCCUACUCUCCCGGGUCAUUCGGUCAUCGAUCGUUGUGUUCAGAUGUAUGAGGAUAAUUCUCUUUCAUACCUACCUUUGCAAUCUUGUCCCUGCCGGGAUGAUGAAGUGAAGUUCAAGAAGGACCGGGAUGACAAGAUGCUUGCUGUGGAUGGCACGGGGCACGUGUCUCUUAGGUCGCAGGCCGUGAAAGUGGAGGCCGAUGUGUCCACUGACCUUUUGCUUAAGCAUGCACUUACACGUCGUGGGCUUGCGCUGGACCAAGCUGGCAUUCUGAGCUUUUCGGAGCAUGAGCGUUGGUCUGAGGCGUUGUUUCAGGCUCGAUUUCGGGAUCCGCCCGACCAGUAUGCCCGUGUCACGCUCCAGCAACUCAUCCAGGCGGACAGGCAGGUUUUUGUUGAAGCAGCUGAUCGGACCCGCCAGGGGAUUCAGGUGGUGGCUUCCGGACGACCGGUCGAUCGCAUUUGGAGUGACGCCAUGUCUUGCAACAAUGUCACUCACCUGCUGCAACCCUUGCCCUUGCCUCCGCCAGCUCCUUUGCAUCCACGGCCUGGGCCCUAUGAUGACCGCAGGGGUUUGAAGGGUCGCGGUAGAGGUAAAGGGAAAGGUAAAGGCAAGGGAAAUGUUCGUAUGCCUGCUGAGCUGUCCGAUGGAGUGCCGGUCACCACCCGGGGCUUGCCCAUCUGCUUCGACCACAACUUGGGGCGGUGUCAGCGUACCGUCACUAGUGGCAAGUGCGAUCGUGGUCUUCACAUUUGUUGCAUCAAAGGCUCUGAGGCGCAGGUCCACGUGACUGAUGAUAAAGAUGUAGCACAGCUUGGUGAGGAGCUUGUGCUCUCUUCUUCCGAUGAUGAGAUCCCUGAAGGGGAGUCAUCACCGAAACAUGUCCCGUGCUCGGCCUCAGUUCCGCCUCAGCCGCUUUCCAGCAACCCCGAAGCUUUUGCGUCUCAGCUGCUCAAGAAGCCGUGGCUUGAGGCGAGCGAUGUUUUGCAGCUUUUUGAGAUGUUGCCAAUGGCCGCGCCCCAGCGUGGAACUGAGGGCAAGGCCUUUGCUACCGGAGCGUUCGCUCGGGUCAAGGUUGGGUUGCGUACGAAUGUUGCUGUUUUCCCUCAGGCGUCCCGCGUCUUUGCAUCGUUCGUGCGCCAAUCUGCCCCAGGGCAUAAGUUCACUUCAGUUGUGGUUUUUGAAGGGGUUCGCACAAAACCCCACCGUGAUCAGCAGAAUUCUUGUGUGCCCAAUUUGGUGGUUCCUUUGUCGAGUUUCGAGAAGGGUGAAAUUUGGGUGGCCACUGACUCUGGCACUGUCUCUCGACAGGUCAAUGGCCAGCAGCAGAAGGGAGUUCUCUUGCCCGUGGGAGCCGGGCCCGUGCUCUUUGAUGCGCGUCGUGCUCUGCAUCUCACUGAGCCUUGGGAAGGCCGCCGUGUGGUCUUAGUGGCCUUUUCUAUCGGUGCAUUUUCGAGGCUGUCCGCCGAGGCUUCUGCCCGCUUGUCUGCCCUGCAGUUUAACUUGCCAGGCCAGCCCGAUGCUGUUGCGUUCCAAGAGCGCCCGCAAUUGCCGGUGCGUCUUCCCUGGCCGCCUCGAUUGCCCAUCCUUGCAUCUGUGCCUUCGGUUCCCGACAUUCCUAAGCCGACUGCUGGUGAGCCCUUGUUCUUAGAGCUAUGUGCUGGUACUGCCAUGUUGUCGCGCUGCUUUCAUGAGGUCGGCGUCCCGGUCAUGCCCAUUGACCACCAACACAAUCGGCACCUUCCGUUGGCUAAGGUGUGUAACCUCAGCCUCACUGAGGAUUCGACCUGGGACUUCCUAAGACACUUGAUUGACACUUGCGACAUCCUGUUUGUGCAUGCCGCUCCACCGUGCGGCACAUGCUCUAUGGCCCGGCAUAUCCGGCGCAAGGGUGUGUCUGCUGGCCCUCUUCGUUCAGAGCAGUUCCCUAUGGGCUUGCCGUCCCUGAACGGCGUCGACCGGGCAAAGGUUGAGGCAGCCAACCAGAUUUACACUAAGCUGGGUCUUUUCCUGCAGGACUUGGGUCGUCGAGCUAUUCCUUGGUCUGUCGAGAAUCCUGAGUCGAGUAUGCUCUGGCAGCUGCCCUGUUUCCAGCCCUUGGUGAAGGACAACCAUGUCUUCUCCUUCGACAUGUGUUGUUAUGGGGGGUCCCGUCUGACCCACAGGUCUUUGCUCACUUCGUGCUUUGGGCUACGCCAUUUUCGCCAGCGGUGUUCCGGGGGGCAUGAACAUUUGCCGUGGACACCAAAGGUUGCCCCAGGUGGAAAGGUGCACUUCCCUACGGCAGACGAGGCGGCAUAUCCGCGCCCGUUCUGCGUGCAAUUUGUGGCGCUCGUUUUCCGCCACCUUGGGCGGCCCCUGCCUGCCGCGCCUGCCCCUCAGGUGUCAGCCCAGGCGUCUGCCUCUUCAGCUCGCCAGCCCCGUGGGCGUCGUAUUCCUCCUGUCAUGCCUGAGUUCAAGCGUGUGCUCGUGUAUCAGGUUGCUGCGUUGCCCCAGGUGGAUCACAAGCGUCGCUUGCUGCAACCUUUGCGGGAUGCCCCGGCGGGCUCCAAGCUUAUCUCCUCGACGUCGUUGCUCUCUGAAGUGGGGUUGAGUAGCGCCUCGGAGACAACGGUUCAGGCAGAUGCCCUAGUCGUCGAUUCGAGCUCGUCUGAGUCAGGUGACACUGUGUCUCCAGUGGGUCCGGAUGACCAGGCCAGUGCGUGUUUUGAAGUGUCGCUGGGUGUGUAUGCUUCCCCCGAAGAAUUUGUGGAAGAAUGCCUGAACGUUGAGCAUCCCUUUGAUCAGCUGCAUGCUGCGCCUGAUGUGCUCAAACAGUGCCUUUUUGACAUGCUGACCAAAGGGCCUGCUUGGGUAGUGGAUCGUAGGGCGAAGCUGCUCAAGAAGUGGACCCAGUGGGCUCGCGACCUUGAGGCCGAGGAAGCUGGCCUUCGCAAGUCGUUAGUAAAAUCGUCGUCCGUGGAUCGCAAUGCGCGUGAGCUGUGGGAAAAGACGAUGCAGGAGGUGGAGAGUGGUAUGUUGGAGGGACCUCUGUCGUCGCAGCAGCUGGACGAUAGGCAUCCCUCUGGCUGGUUGCCCACUCGGCGUUUCGGGGUGGAGCAGACUUCUGCUGCCGGGCGCAAGCUGCGGCCUGUUGAUGAUUUCACCGAGAACAAGGUGAAUCUUGCCUUUGGGUCUAUGGAUAAGCUGGACUUGAAUGCGCUUGAUCAACUUAUCUGCACCUGCCGCAUCUGGGCAAGGGCCAUGUGUGGGGGGCAUGAUUGUGAGCUCGUGCUUUCCUCGGGGCUUGUGCUCAAGGGCCGUGUGCAUCCUGGUUGGAAGAAGGCAGGGCAUCAGCCGCUUCUGACCACGCUUGAUCUUCGAGCUGCCUACAAGCAGUUCGCAGUGUCGGCCGACUCGCGAGCUUGGGCAGUUAUCGCUUUGCUUAACCCUGAUACGCUGGUGCCGGGCCUUUUCGAGUCGAAGGCGUUGCCUUUUGGCAGCGCGGCCUCGGUGCUGCAUUUCAACCGUCUCUCGAGAUUGUUGUGGAGGUUGGGGGUUGAGCUUUUGAUCCCAUGGGGAAACUUUUUCGACGAUUUCCCUGCAAUGUCACCGAGUGCCAUUUCAGACAAUACCAUGAGUACAAUGACUGCCUUGUGUUCCCUUCUCGGGUUCGCCUUUGCUGACGACAAGCUUAGCCCCUUCCAGCCUGCUGCCACCAUGUUGGGGGUUGAGGUUGAUUGUUCAAGGUGUGAUGAGGGUUUGGUGCUCGUAAGGAACAAGCCUGGUCGGGCUGAGGAACUCGUCGUGUCUCUUGAAGAGUUUCUGCGCGAGGGAGUGAUCUCUCGAAAGCGUUACCUCAGUCUCAUGGGUCGGCUCCACUACACUGAUUCAUACAUACUUGGCAAGUCGGGCCGUUUGAUCAUGGCGGACAUUCGCUCGUGGGCAAAGGGGCAUUGUUCCGAUGAAUUGGUCUUGGACGAUGCAGCACGGGAAUCGCUGCGUCUGUUCAUUGCGCGUCUCCGUGCUUGUGAGCCUCGCCAGGUGCCUUGUGGAGUGGCAAGCCAUGUCGUGCACGUCUUCACGGAUGGCGCCAGUGAGGGUGAGGUGCACUCGAUUGGUGGGGUCCUUGUAGUGCAAGGUAGGCUGCAUUCGUGCUUUGGGUCACUUGUUCCCGAUCACUUGAUCAGCAAAUGGACCUCCACGAUGCGACACAUUAUCGGGCCGGUUGAAUCAUAUGCGGUUGCCGUGGCAAGGCGAGUCUGGCACCAGUUCAUUGCUUCGCAGCGCGCUUUGUUUUUCAUCGAUAAUGUGCAGGCACAAGACUCCUACAUAAAGGGCACCUCUGCCAACCCUCACGUGCGGGAAAUCCUCCUUUCUUUCGAGGAGUCGGAGAAGCUUUCCCCUUCCUGGACGUGGUUCGCCCGUGUGGCGAGUCCAAGCAAUGUCGCAGACGAGCCGUCACGUGCUGCCUUCGAGUUUCUGCAUAAGGCUCAAUGUCGCAGGGUCACUCCCUCGUGUCCCAUAAGUGGUUUUGACCUUGUGGAUCUUGGCGCCCUUGGAAAAAUUUGA